AUGGCUGAAAAGAAUCCCAAAGAUGCAAACACAACAGAAUUGUGGGUUUCACGUGUAUGUGAUUACUCCUCCGAGUAUGACCCAGUUAACUGGGCUGCAAACUGUGUGAUUGGAACGCCGAAAGUAUACCCACGAUACGGAGAUAUCCACGGAGCAUGGGCCCAAGGUGUUUGUGACAGCCAACAAUUUUUAGAGGUUGGAUUUGCUGAGAAAUUGUACUUAGAUGAGGUCCACAUUUAUGAAACUUACCACGCUGGGUCUGUACAUUGUAUUAAAGCAAAAAACCCUGAUAAUACAUGGGUGGUCAUUUGGACUGGACAAACGCAAAAUAUUAGAAAAAGUCGCAUAUUUAAACCAGAUAUUGUUAAAAAACCAUUCCUAACAGAUGAACUACGGAUAGAAACAGAUUGUUCUACGAGUUCAUCUUGGGCAGAAAUUGACGCUGUAAUGAUUGUGGGAAGAAGAUAUGACUUCUUAAAACCACUUCCUGAAACAGGCCUGUCAGAUGCUCUAGGGAACCUGGUCAACAACUCAAAAUUUAGUGAUGUUCAAUUUCAAGUGGAAAAAGAAACAUUCUAUGCUCACAGGGCUAUUUUGGUGGUGCGUUCUGAUUUCUUUGAUGCUAUCCUCACCAGGGAAUUCAAGGAAAAAAGGUCAAAGGAACCCAUUGUUUUUCAAGACGUCAGCCCAGAGUCCUUCAGAGUCAUGUUAUAUUUUAUCUACACAAACAAAAUUCCAGCCAACUGUUCCUGUAUCUUACUUACAGAUGUUUGGAGAGUGGGUGACAGAUUUAAGUUGGAUGGUUUACAAGCCUUAGCAGUGCGAGCGAUCGCCUCAAAAUUAGACAUAAACAAUGUAGUGGACAUAUACAUGGCCGCAAUAUACAAACUGCCUGUCAUUGAUGAUUUAAGGACGGUUUGUACAGAUUUCAUGCGACGAAAUAUGACCGAGGUGGUAAGAACAGAAAGUUUUAUGACGCUUCAUCAGGAGAAUGUCAUUGAACUUAUUCAGAUGAUGACCACAAAACUGAAUAUCUAA